AUGAGCAUGACAGACGACCCAGACACAGACGUAGCCAACGUCCCGGGUUCAGCUACCGCUUCUGUGGUGCCCAAUGUCACCUGCUCAAAACCACUCCCCAUCGCAACUGAAUCGGUUCCUGCCGUCACUGCCGUCAUGGGAAACUCUGCCGCCAACACCUCAUCUCUGUCAACCAGAGAUACAGAUGUUAUUCCAAACAUUUCUCAACCUAUAGACUCCGCCGCACCGUCUUUUCUUACCCUUCCUGCGGAGAUUCGAAACUUAGUUUACAAACAGCUCUUCGAGUUCGACGGUUUCAUUGACCAUGACUGUUCGUGGAACCCCGAACACAUUAUGCGUUCAACAAUCGUCCCAGGCACUGCAUUCCUGUCAACGUGCCACCAGAUCAAUUUCGAAGCUGCAGGAAUCCUCUACUCUCAGAACAGUUUUCGGGUCGUUCAAAGCGACUGCCUUGAAUAUCCAAUACAAACAGCAGGGGACUGGUUGAAGUCUAUCGGGCGCCAAGCAGGGUUUGUGAGAAAGUUUCUUGUUGAGAUCGAAGUUGAUAUCCAUUAUGGAAUGCCCAACGGAUAUGAAGUAUGCGCGAAUGUAUUGCCUAUCUUACUCCAUCUUUGGCAGCAUACUGGUCUCAAAUUAGAAUUGUCACUCACAGCUCCGGUGGGGAUCUCACAUGCGACAUUACGGGACAUCGAGGUUGGUACAAGCAAACUGAACAAGGUGUUCACCUGUUUGACAUACAGCGACGUCCUUGGCAUCUCGAGAUACAAACGAUUUCCACACAUACUUAGUAGUAUCAACAUUGUGCUUAACUCCACAGGGCGUUAUGGCGCUGUUCACUUCAAGCCUACCGGGAACAGAACGGAUUGCACUUUUCCUAGAAUUGACUUCGGCAUCAGCGAUAGCGGCGAAGUUCAAGGAAUACAUCACUCUAGCAACCCGAAAACUUUCGAGGGAAUCAUGGCUAGCAGUCACAUCCGGGAGUGCCUCAUGGAGCAGAUAGCACCACCAAUAAGAGAGAUCACCCUCGACCUUACCAAUCGAGGUGUCAGCCCACAAAUUCCGGCUAUUUUCAUGGUCAACAGAGACACACGUUCUGAACUCACCGACUCCCACUGCCCACGCACCAUCCGAGCAAGCAUGAUCACCAAAAGGCUGAAGACUUCAUUUACCAGCGAAUUAUCGACUCUUGACUCUUGGUACAGAGUAAUAGUACCUGGGAAUAAAUCCUGGUGUAAGGCUCCGACGGCGUUCACCUUGAAGUUUGACCUAACUAAAUCAUUACCAUUGGACGAGGUUCGCUUCGACGCCACAAGCAUUGCCUGGGCAACACUUGACUAUGCUUGGAACACCAGCGUAGACAUCGAGCUUGCCUCAUCGGAUGGUCAGAUGUUACGGAAUCUUCGCUAUACAAUGACGCUCAAAGAUAUGCGACGCAGUAUCGUAGUCGCCUUUCAUCGCAUUCUAGAGUUGUAUCCCCAAUACGAGAAUCUCCCACCUCCCGUCGUAUGGAUGGAUGGAAGAGGCGAUGUUCGAGAGGCAGAUUACGACUCGAAAGCUGGCAAGUCACCCAUUUGGACCAACCAUGAAAGCAACAUCAAUGACUCGGUCAUUGAAAAUCGGGUUGAGCAGGCCCGCUCAUACUUAUCUGAACAUGAUGACCUCGAACCGCAUGAUGACACUUCCCUGAUUGGUCGUCUUGCUCACUUGCUUUACUUGGAGUACUACGGAAAAUGAAGUCGACUGUCAUGUUUGGGAGGGGACGUAGCUUACGAUCACCGACACUGUUCAUCACUCUUGAAGGGUUUGACCGUUUCAUGCAUCCCAACCUCUUUCCAUUUCUGCAAGAAGCGCCAC